GGAUAACAGGAUAGCGAUAACAGGAAAAACACAAGCCAUAGGCUACACUAGGUGGCUACUUCGGAAUGUCGGCGUGCAUGGGAAAAACUGUACAUUUUUAACAUUUAUGGUUGAGAUUUAAUUAAUAUAAACUAUGCAUGUUCGUUACACAUGUCAAGUCAGUCAGAAGUUCAAUGGACAGCCACGUGGUAGUAUGGUUGACUAGGCUUAAUUCUGACACAUAUCACCCCCCAUAGUGCAGGUAAACGUUUUUAAUGUCAUUACUGUCAGCUCCACAACCAGCUGAAGCGAUGCGCUCCCUUUCAACCACCAAUUUCAUGGCACCGUUUGUUUGCGCAUGGCCAGUUGCUCUCUAGGUCUUUCGGUCCCCCUCGAAACAACCGGCAUCUUUGCACUACAACAUCUUAUCACCGGAGCGUCAACGCUUGGGGGUAUUUGGCAAAAUAAGGAAGGGUGGCCAAAUCAUGACCUGAGCAGAUCGACUGAAUUUCGAUGGAGUCUUUGAAUGCCGUAGAGCUCUGUGAAUUGGGGGAUGGCGACAUGCCCGCUGCCUGCGAGGUCACUACAACUCCGCGAAAAGCUACCCAGUCAAGACCUCGGACAGUAGUUAGCACUGGAAUCGAGAACACGUCAUAUCAGGACGAGGAGCACGAGAUGAGGUUCAGUCCCCAGGGAGCAGACAGCUCAAGUGUUCAUCUGUCCACGUCUAAUGACAGGGUCUAUCAGUCACAACCCAGGCCUUUCCAGCGAGAUGAUCUGUCACACCGCUCUGAGGCGGGACAUGAGACUGACUUUAAAAACCAUUCACUCGACUACGGGUUUCUAUUUGCCAUGGUGCUCUUGGUGAGUGGAAUUGUACUGGUGGUCACUGCCUACACCAUUCCCCGAGAGGCUAAGGUCAACCCAGACCUGGUGUCAGCUCGUCAGAUGGAGAAACUGGAGAUGUACUACACACAACUGGGCUCGCACCUCGACAAGUGUAUCAUAGCAGGCCUGGGACUGUUGACUCUAGGGGGAAUGCUCUUGUCCAUCUUGCUAAUGGUGUCCAUAUGCAAAGGUGAGCUGUACCACCGGAGGACAUUUUUCCAACCCAGGAAAACAUACGGGUCGAUUCACCUCCGGAUGAGACAGUUGGGCGAGGGGGAAGAAUCUCUGUUUGAAUGUGAACUUAGCCACACUGGCACCACAGCUCUAGCCACUAGCCCUACAGAUGGAACACAGGUGCACAGUGGCACCCAACAGGAGUAGCACAAAAGGAGCAUGUUUCUAUCCACAGACCUAUUUCAAGGGUUGUAAUUAUUACUUAACGGGCUUUGUAAAAAAGUGAAGCCAGCAAGGUAAGCCGACUGUGGUUAAGACUAUGUAAGAGCACAUUUGGAAAUGCACAUCAUGUAUUGUUAGAUGUAGGAUCAAGUCAGAGACUGAAAUAGAUAGGCUAUGAAAAGCACAAUGGGCACCCUUGAGGAAUGAAUAGGAUAGGCUAACUUGACAUGCAAAUAAUGGCUAUCGGACUCUUUAAGAAUUGAAUAUACAGUAUGUCUGGAUAUCAUAUCAUUAUUAAUGAACAAAACAUGUACAAUAUGUAUAGGCCUACAAAUGUUAUUUACAUGACAUUUUAGUCAUUAGGAGACACUCUUAUCCAGCAUGAGUGCAGACAUUUUCACAUUUGUUCCCCGUGGGAAUCAAACCCACAACCUUGGCAUUGCAAGUGCCAUGCUCUACCAACUGAGCCACACGGGACAUUAUUAUCAUGUAAGAAUACAAUAUGCCUUAAACAUAGUCACUGUAAACAUACCAAGCUCCUGUGAGCCAAUAAGCCAAGGUAAAUAUGUAGCAACUAACUGGAACCACUUAAUCUAUUGGAUUUUUAUUAUAACGUGAUCUUGGUAAGAAUAUACAGCAGCACAAACAAACAAAAAUCCAAGCAAGUGAAAUGUUUAGAUUUGCAUUAGAGGCUUUUGGACAGGUUUUUGAUUAACUUAAGAAAACCGAUGAUUUUAUUUCAUAAUGAUGUAGAAAUAUAUACCAAAUUUGGAAAACUAGAAACAACUUUUACAUCAUAAUGUGUUAAGGGGAGGAUGUCCGCACAAUCAUCCCAGUGGUUUGGACAAAUAUAGCCUUUAUCUUUAUAAAGACAUCAGUCAUUCGGUAAAACAGUCAUCUAAAGUUAAUAAUGGAAGUGUAGGUGUGAAUUCCUCUCUCUCUCUCGGGCUCUUGCUCUCAUGCUUUCUUUUUAAAAAUCAGCGAGUUAACCACCAGCACAUAAGUCAUUUAUGUAUUAUAAAUAUUAAAUCAAAUCAGUUUCACUUCGCCGAAUACAACAGGUGUAGUCCUUACAGUGAAAUGCUUACUUACAGGCCCUA